AUGUCUACCGUCGAGCGCGUCGAGGCGCCGGUGACGCCCAAGGCCUACAUGGCCUGUGCCUUUGCCGCCUUUGGUGGAAUCUUCUUUGGUUUCGACUCUGGUUACAUUUCCGGUGUCCUGGCCAUGCCCCAUGUCAUCAGCGAGUUUGCGCCUCCUGGCUCCACUGAGAUCCCCGAGUGGAUGUCGUCGCUAAUCACCUCGAUUCUCUCGGCCGGCACUUUCUUCGGUGCGCUUAUGGCUGGUGACCUUGCCGACUACUUUGGUCGUCGGACUACCAUUAUUGCGGGAUGCGGUGUCUUCAUUAUUGGCAUUAUCCUUCAGACUGCUUCAACCGACUACAAGCUUCUCUCGGCUGGCCGUGCCAUUGCCGGUGUCGGUGUCGGUUUCGUCUCGGCCAUCAUCAUUCUCUACAUGUCCGAGAUCGCUCCCCGCAAGAUCCGCGGUACCAUUGUCUCCGGUUACCAGUUCUGCAUCACCAUCGGCCUCCUGCUCGCUUCGUGCGUGUGCUACGCCACUCAGAACCGCACCGACUCGAGCUCGUACCGCAUUCCCAUCGCCAUCCAGUUUGCGUGGGCCCUGAUCCUUGCCGGUGGCCUCUUCAUUCUCCCCGAGUCGCCUCGUUACUUCGUCAAGCGUGGCCGCCCCGACCGUGCCGCUGUCUCGCUUUCGCGUAUCCGUGGCCACCCUCCCGACUCGCCCUACAUCCAGGAUGAGCUCGCCGAGAUCGUCGCCAACUGCGAGUACGAGCAGUCGCUCCUCCCCAACCAGACCUACAUUUCGUCGUGGACUGCGUGCUUCAGCGGUGGCCUUCGUCGCCCCAACUCGAACCUUCGCCUCACCAUCCUCGGCACUUCGCUCCAGAUGAUGCAGCAGUGGACCGGUAUCAACUUCAUCUUCUACUUCGGCACUGUCUUCUUCAAGCGUCUUGGCACAAUCGAGAACCCCUUCCUGAUCUCGCUCAUCACCACCCUCGUCAACGUCUGCUCGACCCCCAUCUCGUUCUGGACUAUUGAGCGCUUUGGCCGUCGCCCCCUUCUCGUCUGGGGUGCCCUCGGCAUGCUCAUCUGCGAGUUCAUCGUUGGCAUCAUCGGCACGGCCAAGCCCACCGACCUCACUGUGGCCAAGGUGCAGAUCGCUUUCAUCUGCAUCUACAUCUUCUUCUUCGCGUCUACUUGGGGCCCUGGUGCAUGGGUCGUCAUCGGUGAGAUCUUCCCGAUCUCGAUCCGUGCUCGCGGUGUCGCUCUCUCGACGGCGUCGAACUGGCUGUGGAACUGCAUUAUCGCCGUCAUCACCCCCUACAUGGUCGGUGAGAACCGCGGCAACCUCGGGUCCAAGGUCUUCUUCGUGUGGGGCGCGCUUUGCACGUGCGCGUUCGUCUACGCCUACUUCCUGGUGUGGGAGACCAAGGGCCUCACGCUUGAGCAGGUUGACCAGAUGAUGGAGGAGUGUGGCUCGCCCCGCAAGUCGCCUGGCUGGACUCCGACCAAGACGUAUCGCCAGCAGUCCAUCUCGGCCGACGUCGAGAAGGGCAAGCACCACAACGAGCAUGCCGGCGGAUUCGAUGCCUCCGGCGGUGGUGGCGCUGUGUAA